AUGUGCAAAAUCGAAAUUCCCGAUCAUCCACUCCAACUUCUAAUUCAAACAAUCGAUUGUAAAUUGUCAUUAUAUCAAGGUGAUCAAUGUGUUUUUGUGCAUUGUCCACUUCGUUCUUUGCAUCCUGGUCCAAUUAAAUAUUCACAAUUAAUGGCAUCACUUUUGAUUGCUAAUAAUGGAUUUUUGAAUUCGGUUAAAUUCAGUUUGCUGUCUUCUGGAAGUCAGAAACGAAUUAAUGUGAGUUUUUACGGGAUAUUUUUGGGUUUUCUGGUUUUUAGGGGUUUUUGGGUUUCAAUCCAUUUUUAAAUCCGAAAAAUAUUUUGAAAAUCAAAAAAAAAAUCACUGUUUCAAAAUUUUUAAAUAAAAAAAUGAAUGGCUUUCGAAUUCUGAUCGCAAAAACUUUAAAACAUACAAAAAAUUCCCCAUAAAACCUAUGUGCUGAAAAUUAUAUAAAUAUUAAAAAAUAAAUUAUCUUAACUAAUUAAACUAAUUAAUUUUCUAGUACGAUUGGUCCUUCAAUCUUGGCGACACAGCUCUCGAAUUGGAUAUUUUCGAUGGUCAAUCAAAUCAACAAAAUAUAGUUGUUUUGUGUCGAAGACAUGUCUCUUGUUUUGAUGGAUCUGGAGCUAUCAAAUGGCAAAUCAAAUUGGAAUCUGUUGGAAUGGCAAUGUGUACUUAUAGGAAUUUAUUGGCUCGUGAGUUUUUUGAAGUUUCAAAAUGUUUUAAGCAUUGUAAAAUUAAUUUUUAUGAGCGACUUUGAGUGUUGUUAUAGUUUUGAAACAGUGAAUUUUUGGGAAAUAUUUUCUUGGAAAGAGGAAUUGAAAAUAACAGCACAAAGUAGAAAGCCUUAUUUUUGAGCAAAACUUUGACUUUUCUUGUGAUUUUGAAAAAGUGAACAAUUGAGGAAUUAAAAAUUUACUGUUAAAAAAAAAUUUAAAAAUUUGAUACAAAAUUUAUUUGAAAAAAUCUCUGUUAAAAAUUCAAUAUUUUCGGAAAAAUAUUUCCCAAAAAUUCACUGUUUCAAGAUUACAACUAAAACAAAAAUUUCACUCAAAAAUUCGAUCAUGGUAUAGAUUCGAGUUUCCAAGAAUUGUUUUUCCAAAAUUCACUGUUUCAAAAUUGUUUUUAAAAAAACUCUGGAAAUAAAAAAUCGAUUCUUUUAAAAAAAUAUUUCCCAAAAAUUCACUGUUUCAAGAUUACAAGAAAAUUAUGUAUUUGUUCUCUGGAAUAUUCAUAGUUCUAUAAAAAAUAUUUAAAACAAUGAGAUAUUUUGACAAAAAAAUGUGAAAAGUUAGAGAAAAAUAUGCAGAAAUUUGGCAGCUCCCCGGAUUUUGAAGACUCGGAUUGUGUUGUUCUAACGAAAAUUGCAGGGUUCACAAAUUUUUCAAAAAACUAAAUUAAUUUUAGAAGUUGUACAAAACAAUGAACAAUUUCCGAAAAGAACAUUUUCCAAAUGAAAUAAUUUUGAAACAGUACAUUUUUGCAGCUGACUAUCAAAGCAUUCGCCUCAUAAUCGGAACUGCAGAUGAACAAUUAUUAAUUUUCAACGAAGAUAAACUCGCGUGGACUUGCAGUAUCUCAAAACCAGCAUUCAUUCUCAAAGUUUGCACAUUCACAAAAGUUUUUGAAAAUGUAAUAACAAUGUUGGCACCAGAUGGAAGACUUUGUGUUGGUUGGCUUGGAACUGAGCCAACUAUUUAUAAAGUGCCAGACACAAAAAUGAAUGAUUAUAAUGAGAAAAUUGAAUAUUGGAAGAGUUUGGAGCUGAAAAUCAAAGAAUCUGGAGGUGGAAUUCUGGAGAAGAAUAAGAAAAUUUCGGGAAUUUCUAUCGAUUUUUUGGUUGGAGCAAAAGAGAAAAGAACAAUUGAACAUAAUGCGGCAAAUAAUGUGCCAUUUUUGAAUUUGGAAAUUGUUUUUGGAGGAUUGGAAAAUGUGACGAAAUUGCAUGUGAAUAUCAAAUCAGAAUUAGCUACGCCGAAUCGACAGAUUGUUUUGAAUGUGCCGGAAUCUAGUGGGUUUUUUGAGGGGACGUGGCAAAAAUGAUGAAAUUAUUUUGAAACAGUUAAUUUUUGGUUUUGAAAAUUUAAUUUUUAAUAGUUUGAGUCCAUAUGGAUAUAUCAAAAAUCUAAAGAUGUUCAUUUUUCAUCAAAAAUUAUUGAAACUGUGAAAAUUUUGAUGUUUUAUAUUCUCCAAAAAUUAGCAAGGUAACUCACAAUAAGUGCUUGUAAAUUCUAUCAAAAUCAAAAAUCUUCAUUUUUUAAUCGAAUAUUUUUGAAACAGUGAAUUUUUGAGAUGAUUUUUCCUCCGGAAAAUUAGAUGCUAUGACGUGGCAAACCUUACAUUUUUUCAAUGAGCCCGGAAUAAUUUAUUAAUGUUAAUAAAAUUUUUGUUUAAAAAAUAUUUAUCGUAUAUUUCUGAAACAGUGAAAAUUUUUGGAAAUUUUUCCUCCGGAAAAUUAGAUGCUAUGACGUGGUAAAAUUUUUAAAAGUGUUUAAAAAUCGCGCCAAAAUCUACAGUAGUCAAAUUUGGUGUCGAAAAAUGGCAUUUUUCGCUUUUAAUAUAGGCUAAGAGUAUGAUAGUUUCAGAAAUUAUUUCUAUCUGAAAAGAAUCUGAAACUGUGUAUUUAUGGCGAUUUUUUCAAUGAACUAUUUCGUUCUUCCAAAUACAGACCAUCAGAUUUUUGGCUUGGAAAAUUAUUUUCGAAUAAUUUUGAAACAGUAUAAGUUUUCCCAUUGAAAUCCCGCAAUUUCCACUUUUGAUCGGAAAUCUGUAAACCUUCAUUUUUCAUGAAAUCGUUUUGAAACAGUGAAUUUUUUUAUAUUUUGCCAUUAUUCUUGUGAAGUUGAAAAGUUCUAAUGUUUUUGACGGUAUCUAAUAUCAAUGUAUCAAAAAACAGUUUCCAUUAAUUUUUUAUCAAAUAAUUUUGAAACAGUGAAUUUUCUGGAUUUUUUGAAAUCAAUUAUUUUCAUCAUAACUUUUGAAAGACUUCAAAACAGUUAAAAAUAUAGGCUUUUUCACUAUAAACUCUCUAAUGCAUCCAAAUUUAACCAAAAAAAUUGUUCUCACGAGAAUUUUCUUUAAAUUUUGAAACAGUGAAAAUAAUUCUAGACAAAAAUAUUUUUUUUCAUAUCAAAAAUUUUUCCAGAAUCCUCAUCUUCUCUCCUCGUCCCAUUUUACGUGGGAAACUCAAAAAUGCCAAAAAAUGCGACAAUUCAAAUAGCCGCUCAUUGUUUUCAUAGUCAAAUAUCUGGAAUGAAAUCAUUCGAUUUGCCAUUUGAUUUGAUGUUUGGAGAAACUACGGUCGAUCGAAAUUCGAAAUAUAAAAUCACAAUUGAUACGGAUGCAUCGGUUAUUCCCGUUAAUCAAUUGUUUUCGGGUGAGAGAAGAGAUUUUUGGGCAUUUUUUUUGAUAAAUUUGACGAAAAAUGAAAAACCACGUUGAUUAUGGAGAAAUACGAUUAACCAAGUUCUCAGAAAAACAGAAAUUUUAAAUUAAAUUUUUGAAACAGUGAUUUUUUCCAGAAUUCUCAUCUGAAAACACACAAGCAAUUGGUUUUCAUAUUCAUGGUUAUGAAUCCUCUUCGAAUGUAUCGAUUUUUGCCGCAAAUAAAUCAAGUAACUUUCUUUUUUCCUUUUUUCAAUGUUCCCUCCCAAAUAAAAAUCCAAUUUUUCCAGACAGAUACCGUAUCCAAUCUGAAAAUGCGUCACUUUUGCAAUUUGCCGCCAAAGAAUUGGUAAAUCGAAUCGAUAAAAUUGUGAAAAAUGUGCAAAUUGGAAGUACAGUACCCUUUGAGUAUAUUUCGAAAAAUGUGGAGGAAUUGCAAGAGGUUCGUGGAGUUUUUGUGGGAAAAAAAUUUUUUGGAAAAAAAAUUCAAUGUUUCAAAAAUUUCUUGAAUAAGUUCCUAGGGUACAAUGAUUAUUAUACUUUUGAAAAAGCGGCAGAAAAGUUAAAAUGUAGUGUAAACAUUAUUUUUGUGAUCAGAAAUGGAAGUUUUCCUCUCUCGAAAAAUCACUGUUUCAAAUGAUUUUUGAAUAAAUUCUAUUUUAAUUUUCAAUGUUAAAUAUUAAACGGAAAAUCUUUCCAGAAAGUUAUGAAAAAUUUUUUCAGAAUUUCACUGUUUCAACAAAAUGAUACGUUUUUUCCAGUUGUAAAAAUCUGGUAUUUAGUUUUGUGUCUGAGAAUUGAGAAUUUUCACUGUUUCAAAAUUUAGAUAUAUUUUUUUAAGAUCAGAGCUUUAUUGAUCCCAUUCUGUAUACAGAUAUAAAAUAAAUUUUCACUGUUUCAAAGUCCUAAAUCAUCCAAUAAUUCAUUGCAGCGAAUGUCAAUCAAGAAAAAAGAGCAAAAAAUCAUAGAUUGUCGAAUGAAAGAAGUUCGAGCAAUUGAAUUAUUAUCCCUAGAUAUGGCAAAAAGUGGAAAUUUCACAUCAUUGGCUCAAAUUGAUAUGCUUUUCGAUAAAUCCUAUCGAGAAUUAUUGGAUUCGAUGGAAAAUUUGGCGAAAAAUGAUGGGUGUAUUGAGGAGAAUAAAAAUUGUUUGGGUAAGUUUUUUGGUGAAAUUUUUACUGUUUCAGAAAAAUUCUGAAGAAAAAUAGGAUUCUCAAAUUUUGUUUUUACCUACAAUUGCCACAAAAACAAAUCUCAAGAAACAUUCCAAUAAUUUUUUCACUGUUUCAAAAUUUCCUGAACAAAAUUGUGGGUUUCUAGAUUGUUGUUACUUGAGGUACACAUUUUCCAAUUACAAUCUUUCAGAUUUCAAAAAACAAAUGAAUUUUCAUGGUAACUUUCAAAUAAGCUUAUCAUGAAAAAUUCAGAAUUUUUUACUGUUUCAAAAUUUUGGGAAUAGAAAUUGAAAACUUAGAUUCUGUUCAAGUAUCUUUUCCAUUGUGAAAAAACAAUUCCCUAGCAAUUUCAAAGCAAAUUUUCUUUUUCAUGAAUAAUUUUCACUGUUUCAAAAUUUUAUCAAGAAAAAUUAAGAGCAAUUUUGACAUUUUUGAAGUAUUUUUCACAAGAAAUAUUAGAUUUUCAAAUUUUUAAUGGUCUGAAAAAUGAGCAAUUCCAAAAUUUUCUCAAAACUUCGAAAUUUCAUUAAUUUUUUUCCAGCUUCACUUUUCCAACUGGCUUCCGACAUUUCAAAAUACAACAAAUGCGAUACAAUAAUCAACGAGAACUUUUUCACAUUCACCGAUCAAAAUUUGCGAGAUCGGCUAACUUGGGCUGCGGGAACAGAUCGAGGAAAUGAAAUGAAAUUGAUUGAGAAAUUAUGCGAGCAUACAACGACCAAAAAUCGACAUGAAAUGCAGAAAAUUGAGGAGGAAAAUGAGGGAGAAGAAUAA